CUGACGAUUAGCAAUUAACCGGGAGGAAUCUACGGGGGUGAGGUUAAUUGGGGAACAGAGGGAGGGCAGCUAGGGUUCCAGGGACUUUGCCCUUGACCCGAGGGUAUAAAGAAGAGGAUCCCAGGUUCUCCUCAGGCCCCUAGGGCUUCCCUGAGCAUCUGAGCAGGAGCUGAAACACAGAACACCAAGUGUUGCUGUGCCCCUGAUGUGCAGGGCCCACAGUGUGUACCCAGGAUGAUGUCCUACGGAGAGAGGCUGGAGAGCCGGGCUGUCUCCCCACUCCCAGUCUGUGGGGGGCACAUGACGUGUGGGGCGGCGUUUGCCUAUGUGCCCAGCCCACAGGUCCUGCACAGGAUUCCAGGGACCUCAGCCUAUGCCUUCCCCAGCCUGGGCCCCAUGGCCCUCGCCGAGCAAGGCUGCCCCUACGGGGAGGUUCUGGAGCACCAUGACCCGCUGCCUGCCAAGCUGGCCCAGGAGGAUGAGCAGAAGCCAGAGCCUGGGUUGGCCCAGAAGCUGUGCCGGGCUGGCUUGACGCUCCUCAAGGUACCACUGAUGCUCGUCUUCCUCUACCUCUUCGUCUGCUCCCUGGACGUGCUCAGCUCAGCCUUCCAGCUGGCCGGAGGGAAGGUGGCUGGCGACAUCUUCAAGGACAAUGCCAUCCUGUCCAACCCGGUGGCGGCGCUGGUGGUGGGGAUCCUCGUGACCGUGCUGGUGCAGAGCUCCAGCACCUCCACAUCCAUCGUGGUCAGCAUGGUCUCCUCCGGCUUGCUGGAGGUAAGCUCUGCCAUCCCCAUCAUCAUGGGCUCCAACAUCGGCACCUCCGUCACCAACACCAUCGUGGCCCUGAUGCAGGCGGGGGACAGGACUGACUUCCGGCGGGCCUUCGCGGGGGCCACAGUGCACGACUGCUUUAACUGGCUGUCAGUUCUGGUCCUGCUACCCCUGGAGGCUGCCACCGGGUACCUGCACCACAUCACUCGACUUGUGGUGGCCUCCUUCAACAUCCGCGGCGGCCACGAUGCCCCUGACCUGCUCAAGAUCAUCACAGAGCCCUUCACUAAGCUCAUCAUUCAGCUGGACAAGUCCGUGAUUACCAGCAUUGCCACGGGGGAUGAGUCCCUGAGAAAUCACAGUCUUAUCCGGAUCUGGUGCCACCCAAACCCCAUGGAGGUUCCCUCCCGCAGGCCCAGGGCAGAGGCCAGUACCAGCCGGAUGCUCGGAAAUGCCACCAUGGAGAAAUGCAGCCACAUUUUCGUGGACACAGGCCUGCCUGACCUGGCUGUGGGGCUCAUUCUGCUGGCUGGCUCCCUGGUGCUCCUGUGCACCUGCCUCAUCCUCCUCGUCAAGAUGCUCAACUCUCUGCUCAAGGGCCAGGUGGCCAAGGUCAUUCAGAUGAUUAUCAACACUGACUUUCCCACCCCCUUCACCUGGGCCACAGGCUACUUUGCCAUGGUGGUGGGCGCUGGCAUGACCUUCGUUGUCCAAAGCAGUUCUGUAUUCACCUCGGCCAUCACCCCACUCAUCGGCCUGGGUGUGAUCAGCCUUGAGCGCGCCUACCCACUCACACUGGGCGCCAACAUCGGCACCACCACCACGGCCAUCCUGGCUGCACUGGCCAGCCCCCGGGAGAAGCUGUCCAGUGCUUUCCAGAUUGCCCUCUGCCACUUCUUCUUCAACAUCUCAGGCAUCCUGCUGUGGUACCCAGUGCCCUGCACGCGCCUGCCCAUCCGCAUGGCCAAGGCGUUGGGCAAACGCACUGCCAAGUACCGCUGGUUCGCCGUCCUCUACCUCCUCCUGUGCUUCCUGCUGCUGCCGUCGCUGGUGUUUGGCAUCUCCAUGGCAGGCUGGCAGGCCAUGGUAGGUGUGGGCACACCCUUUGGGGCCCUGCUGGCCUUCGUGGUACUUGUCAGCAUGCUGCAGAGUCGCAGCCCCGGGCGCCUGCCCAAGUGGCUGCAGACAUGGGACUUCCUGCCCCACUGGAUGCACUCCCUGCAGCCCCUGGACCACCUCAUCACCCGCGCUACCUUGUGCUGUGCCAGGCCCGAGCCCCGCUCACCCCCGCUGCCUGCCAGGGUCUUCCUGGAGGAGCUGCCCCCUGCCACACCCUCCCCCCGCCUCGCGAUGCCCAAUCACAACGCCACCCGUCUCUAGGCUCCAGCCCAGACUGCUGCCUGGAGUCAGGAAAUGCCUGUGCCUGGUGCCCGGGGUAGAAGGGCAGAGGGGUGUGUCUGUGUACUCUGGGCAUGAACCUGUCCUUGCACAGGUCCUCAGAGGUCUGGGCUUUUGUAACUGAGAGACAGUGUUAUGUGCACAUGUGGGCAUGUUGGGGUGAGCCUGUGUGACAGCCUGCAUAUGCGUACUGAUGCACCUGGGGGUGGAGUGAGGGGGUGCGUGCCAACUGCAUGUUACUUGGGUAUGGUUUGAGUCCUUUGCACAUGUGUUUGGAGACCUGCACUGUGUCCUUGUGCACACACAACUCUGACUGGGCUGGGUGGGAGUAAGGGUGAGUCUGAGUUCAUGACCUACAGCUGUUUGCUCGCGCACAGAUGUGGGAGCCUGAGUCGCUGGCUGAAUUCUCGCCCCCUCCCUGCCACCUUCCUUCCUCCAUGAUACCAUUCUCCUCAUCCUCACCCAGGUUUUCUGUAUCAUUGUUACAACCCUCUUCCCCAACACUGUUU